AUGUCAGAAAAUUCCAGAGGUAGUAGACGUGGUCUUGAUAAGCAAAGAUCUAGAAAUAGUGAGUACGAGAAUAGGAGGCAGUCAGUCUUGGAGCGUGAGACCAAACCACAGAACAAACGGAUGAGCAGUGAUGUGUACGAAUCGGAGCAUUCGCGAAGAGAACGUGAGAAAAUGUGUUCAUGCUAUAAUUGUCAUUCGGGCAAAGUUUCCCGAAGCAGUCAUAAAUAUCCAGAAAAUAGGCGUUACAGUAGUGCCGAAAAGGACUUCUAUAAAAGAGAGGAUUACAGAGAAACGCGAGAAUAUAAUCCUGAUAUGCCUGAGAGGUUGCAGACUAGUCCAAGAAAUUCCGACAGACGAAGUGAUCAUUAUAGUCGUGCUAGUGCUCCAAUACCUGAGAAUUACAGAGAUAUGCCAGAGUACAAUCCUGAUAUGCCUGACAGGUUGCAAUCUGGGCCAAGGAAUGUCGAUAGACGAAGCGAUCAGUAUAAUUCUGCUAGAGCUUCAAUGCCAGAGAAUUACAGACAAACGCCUGAGUAUAGUCCUUAUAUGCCUGAGAGAUUGCCAACUGGAUCAAGGAACUUCGGUAGACAAAGUGAUGAGUAUGCUCGAGCUGAAGAUCGUAGUUCUGAACGUGUAAUGAAACAUCGAAGCCAAUCCCAGGAGAAACAUGGAGGAAAGCCCAAUUUAUGUUGCUAUCGUAGUAAAUAUGAUGACAAUCAAGUUAAAGAACCAGUAUCUACAUCUUCCAGAUAUCGUAAUGAUAUGAAUGACGACGAGACGUACAAUGCCUGCGUUAAGGAAUGCUUAUCUAGAAAAUAUCCAAGCGAUGCAGAUACUGUAGAAAGACUUGAAGAGGACGAAAACUUCAGAAGAAGUGACAAUACGAAUCAAGAAUAUCAGAUCGAAGAGGACUAUGAAAAUCAACAGACAAUUCGAACUACCGAGUAUAUACCUUGUCAUUCUGACUGUCCACUUCGCCACGAGUGUAUCAUAUACAAGGAUUGUAAUACUCAGGAAUAUCCGGGUGACUAUGAAAGUCAACUAAAUAAUCCAGCUAAAUCAGCUUGUCAUUCCGAGUGUCCAGUUCGCAAGGAGAGUACCAGAUACGAGGAUCGUAAUAGUCGAAAGAGUUCGACUGAAGAAAAGGUUUUCGAAAUUCAGCAGGCGAUUCGAGCUAAUCCGUCUUGUCACCAUGAAUGUCCGGUUAGCAAGGAGAGUACCAUAUCCCAGGAUUUUAAUAGUCGGAAGAAUCCCACUGAAGAAAUGGACUUUGAAAAUCAGCCGGCAAAUUCUGCUGAUAAAUAUUUGGAAUGUCACACUGAAUGCCCGGCUCGUCAGGAGGGUUUCCGACGUAGUCAGAAUAAUAGUCAGCUUCAGGAUGCAUCUCCAACAUAUCAAAAUGAUGAGAGAGUCUUAGAUAAAACUUACGAAAGUGAUAAUCAAAAUAACUAUGAGGAACUGGAAAGUUUUUGUGAGCAAGGCCAGCUAUCCGAAAAUGACCAGUGCAAAGUGGAGCAAACUAAAGAUGACGACAAUGUUAAAGCGGUUAAGGAUUGUAUACCAGAAAGAUUCACCGACCAACAAAUCGCUUUGGAGAACAUGCUAGAUUGCGAAUGUCCAACAGACGAGGAUGACUUACAGAUGCUGAUUACCAAAAAUACACAAGAAACUGAAGCGGCUAAGGGGGAGAACACAGCCAACCUGCGCGAGGCAUCCGUUGAGACGGACAUUGAUAUGUCUCUGCAUGAUAGAAAUAAUCCACAAAAAGGAAUUGCUUGUCAAUGCUCCGUAGGAGGCAUAGGAACGACUGCGGUGCCUCAGAAAGGGUUGCGGGAGCAAUCUGCCAAAUUAAUUGAGGAUAAUGAGUCCACUCUUAAGCCCAGGCCACCAAAGGUGAACAGAAAAAAAAUCUGCUCAUGCAAGCCGCCUGUUUUAUAUAAAAAGAAAUGUAACAAAGCGCCGGCUUGUCCGAUCAAAAUCGAUAAUGUUAAACUGAGAUCGUCCUCACCGGUAGGUACGAAAUCUCGUUCGUCUAGCAAACGACAUAAUCGAGUGGAGGAUGAUAACAUAAACAAAUUACAGGGCCGAGGCAGCUUACGCCGCAAUCAUAUUUUCGGAAUACAUAACGGCGGCAUAAACCUUGAUCUAGGCAACGAGCAUGCCGGCUAUAAGAUACAGGAACAGACAGUGACAUCCCAGCAAUGCGAAGGCAUGUCCAUAAUAUGCUCGUUUGAAGUGCCAUCCGAAUUAGCCGAAAAGACAAUUGAUAUGCUGAAUAAUCACAUUGCAAACGCACCGCGAUCCGAUGUUAAGAUUACAUGCUCACAUAAAAGCUUGUCAGGAGAAAAACCAACGAAGAAAUGCGUAUCUAAGUGUUCUGCUGCUUUGGUGUGCAACCCAACCAAUCGAUAUAGCAGCAAUCCGUUCCUAAGGGCCAAUUGCACGGCUUCCAAAGGCAACAUAAUUGUAUUGCAUCCUCCGACCCAAGGCUUUCGGCCCUCAAAGUAUUCGUUCAGCAUGAAGGAUGAACAGUGACAAUUGCCAAGCAGCAAAGCUGUAUAGCUAUAUAUUCGUCACCAAUGCCAACCAGAUCGAAA